AUGAAGUUGUCUGGCGGUGAAAAACAACGAACAGGAAUUGCUCGGGCGCUCAUAGGUCGUCGAGAAAUAUUACUCUUCGACGAAGCAACUAGUGCAAUGGAUAGCGAGAACGAAAAGGUUGUACAACAAGCGAUCGAUUGUACUUUACAAGAUAAAAAGCUUACAUGUAUUAUCAUUGCUCAUCGUUUAUCAACAAUUGUAAAUUGUGAUUUGAUUUAUGUAAUGAAUCAUCGGGGACAAAUUGUUGAAUGUGGUGGACAUCAAGAACUUUUAAACAGACUAAUUUCGUUACAAUAUCAUAUGUUGAUCCGUGCAUCAGUAACAGAAACUAUUGUACAAUGA